AAAACGACCCAUACUAUAGUCUCCGUGCACGCGCGUGCUCUACUGAAGACGAGCAAAGACUGCUGGGAGUCAUCAUCUAAUUGGGGAAGCUGGGAGUUUCCUGCUGAGGUGUAUAAAGGUCUCUACACUCCUCACUUGUCCAAGACAAGCUGACUGGUGUGGUUACUUAUUACACACUCUCAAACCAACCAAGCAACUUAGUGAAGAUAUCACUGGAAACCAAAAUCCUUAUUACCUGCUACAAGAUGAAGCCUCUUUGGGCUUUGUACAGCUUUCUUCUUGUUGUUUCUACAGCUGCGACCUCAGCAAGUGAAAAUGAAGCUGGGGAUACGCUGGCUGGUAGUGCAGGUUACGUGAUGGCUUAUCCCAUGGAGGAGAAAAUAUUAGAAGAAAACACAGCUUCGGAAUCUUUAGGAGAGCCAGCAUUUGCAAAAUCUCAAGAUAAAGACAGAAUAGAUGAAACUCUACUACUGCUUCUGCCAUCAGAAGAAGAAAAAAACAAUAUUCAGGGAAAUAACGAUGAUAAACCUAUGACUACGGGCGUAAUUGAGUCCACGACAAGCGUCAUACAAAACAUGCCUUCUCAUUCCAUGCCAUCAGCGACAGCACCUCAUGUAGAGAUUCAGGAACACAUACAACCCAAAGAGGAAGAUCUACAAAAAAUGUUAUACCAUCGACCUCAAGAGCUAUCUUUUAGUCACAAAUCGAAACCCAUCCCAGAUGAGAAACCUGAAUUGUUACAGUUUUCUCCAUCUCAUCCAAAAUCUAGCCCAAAACGUCCACUAUCAUUUCUUUCAUUUUUAUUAAGAAAUAACUUUCCUAGACUUCCGAUGGGAAGGCCUGAUAUUUUACAUAAAGCAGCUUCUCUUAUUUUGGAACGAUCACCAGUUAUUCGUAAUGACAUAGAUGACAAUCGCGUACACAGAGAACCUGAUGACGAUGAUAUAAUUAUUGAAGUUGUUGGUAAUGAAGGUAAGAGACCAAUAAAACCAAAAAUCUUACCCUUUGGACUUCCACGACCUCUGCCUAUUGAGAAUCAGCAAUACCCUUUACCUCGUCACCCAUUUCCUGAAUCAAAGGCUAGACAUGCAAGUUUACCAUUUCCUCAAAAACUCGGAUCUUUACGGUCGCCUAAUCCACAAAUGCUACCCAGCUUAACUGUUCCUGAAAUUCAUAUGAAUCAGGAAGGCCCUGCCACUCCUUUAUUACCUUUAACUCCUUUUAUGCUUAUUUAUUCUAAUAUGCUUUUAAACUCCCAAUCGUCACCAUUAAUACCUAUGCCUCUACUGUCACCUCCAAAUGCCCCUCGUUCAUUUCCAAUAACCUUCUUGCCACCUCAACAUGCUCCAUUACCAUCGAAAAACAUUCCACUCUCAUUUACAAUGGCUUCUAUACCACCUUCAGAUGCGCUACACCCAUCUCCAAUGGCUUUUCUCCCACCUCAAAAUGCUCGAUUCCAAUUUCCAAUUGCUCCAGUUUCACCACCAGAUUUUUCACCUAGACUUCCAAUGGGUCCUCUCCCACCUUCAGACGCUCCAUUCCCACCUUCACCGGUCUUUCUGCCACUUCCAGAUGCUCAAUUCCCACUUCCAACAGCACUAUUGCCACCACUAAAUAUUCUACCUCUUCCUUCAAUGGUUCCUCAGCCACCUCCAAAUACUCCUCUCCCACCUCCAAUGGCCUUCAUGCCACCUCAAGAUGCUCCAUUCCCAUCUCCAAUGGGUUUCAUGCCACCUCAAGAUGUUCCAUUCCCAUCUCCAAUGGGUUUCAUGCCACCUCAAGAUGCUCCAUUCCCAUCUCCAAUGGGUUUCAUGCCACCUCAAGAUGCUCCAUUCCCAUCUCCAAUGGGUUUCAUGCCACCUCAAAAGGCUCCAUUCCCAUCUCCAAUGCCCUUUUUGCCACCUCAAGAUGUUCCAUUCCCAUCUCCAAUGCCCUUUUUGCCACCUCAAGAUGUUCCAUUCCCAUCUCCAACGACCUUUAUGAAAUUUCAAGAUGCUCCAUUCCCAUCUCCAAUGCCCUUUUUGCCACCUCAAAAAUCCUCCUUACCCAUCUCAUAAUAUUCCACUGCCACUUCCAAACGAUCCACUACAACCGCCAAUGGCCCCUUUGCCAUACACAGAAGCUCCCCUACUACCACCCAGUCCAGCUAUUCGUUGGCCAGUACCACCUUUAGAAAGAAUUAUGUUUUUAUUACAUCCCAUGCAUGCUCCAUUGCCAGUUUCUUCAUAUCCUGAAGUUUCUGGUCCUAUGCUCCACCCAGCUUCAUUUAGAAUUACUAUACCUAACCCUCGUUUUCCACCUCAAACGGGUUUGGAGUUAUUACCAAUGGAUUCUGAAAUGGAAGAUUCCACUGUUGUCCAUAGACCAUCUCCAACAAUUAUAGAGCGAACACCUCGUGUUGUGGGACCCCCACUACUACCUCCUCAGCCUGAGUACUUUCAAGCUCCAUUCCCUGUAAUGGAUGACUCAGAGUUUGUUGCUGAUAACAUUGUUGAUGAACCUAGAUCAAUGCCUCAGUCAACAGGCUUAAACUUUCAGCCAAUACGCCAGCAGUUUCCUCUUCCAAGUUUCGUUGAACAGCAAAAUGUUCCACUCCCAUUCCCUAUAGAACAGGGUGUUGAACCAAGUAUAGUACCAUUUGCAAAUGAAUAUCCUGAAGAGUCUGCCUAUAUACCAUUUGAGGGGCAAAAUCGAGUGCCAGUACCAUUUUUAUUUGAUGAUAACGGAUACGAACCCUCAAAGCCAUUUCCUUAUCUAAAGGAACCCAAUCCACAGAGACAAAUCUCAUUACAACAACAAGGGGGUAACGUAGAGUCUUCAUUAUUGAUGGCUGCACAUGACAAUGGCGAAGAAAAUUUUCGUUUCCAGCCAAACCACUUUUCAAGGUUUUCCAAAUAUCCCCCCGAAAAUAUUCCCUUUCCGAAGCACUUUCCUGAAUUCCAAAGAUCUAACAAAUUAAAACGGUUUCAGGAACUUCUAAAGCAAAACCGAGUUACUUUUCCAAGAGUGCCUUUUAACAAUGAACCGAAAUUAUUUACUCCCCCACCAGAAGCAGGAAGCCAUGCAAUCUACUUGGAUAUUCCUUUCAAUCCUCAGCCGCCCAACAACAGGCCAUUCAUUUUGUAAGCCUACAUUAUAGUUCCACACACUUUUCCAACACAUUAUUAUUAUUUUUUAGUUACUUAUCCUUUCAUAUAUUUUUUUUAGUAUGCUAUUGGGCAGAAUUACUUCAGAACAUAAAAAGUGUGAUACCAAGAAAGAGCUUAAAAGUAUAAGCAAAGAAACGAAUAAAGCAAACAUUGUCUCACAGAAAAUGUAACUUUAAGCCUAUCACACUCAUUUAAAACGUUUGUAACCAUUACAUGAAGUCGGUUUUCAUUAGUUUUAUCACCCCCAUAUUACUGGUAAAAAUAAUUUUUAUUACUGGUGAAAAGUAAGUAUUAAAACAGUUGUUAGUGUGUCUAUCCCUCUUCGAUUGAACUCGGGAAAGUUGUGAAUAGUUGGUUGAGAGUGACGUUUGACAUUAUGAAAUAAGCUGUGAUCAAAGUAUAGUUUAAUCCAAAUAAUUAUAAAAUGAUAAUAUUGUUUAAAUACGGUUACUAUUCAACCAUUUGAUGAAUUAAUAUUUGUAUUGUUGAAAUUUUCUUGUUGCAAGAUGUUAUUUUUUAACCCAAAAUUUAUACUAAGUUUACAUAUGUAUAUUACAACGAAAUAAAUGCUAUUUUAUAACUGUA